CUUUUAAUGGCUACAUUUCCUCAAGGGCAAUUCUCCUUUAUUCCAGAUUACCCUCGAUGGUGGAAUCCAAACGCGUCAGUUCCCCAAUAACAAGACGAGACACGGAGAGCAUUAAAGUGAAGAUCCGGAGGGCCAACAUGUUGGUAGAUCGCGUGAAAGAGGCUUUGGAUGGAAUACGAUUCAAAGACAAAGGAUCCACGAGCAGCUGCUCUUGCACGGAACCAGAGCCCAGAACUAAGCCGAACGCUAGCAGUGAUUCGGAUAAAGAAAACGACUGCUGCUUUAUUAUUCAACAGUCCAAGGCACAGCUUGAUGCUCAGCUGAAAGCUCUGGAAUUAGGCAUUGCUCCCAAGCCUAUCCCAACAAAAAUAACAGUCGACUUAGAUCCAAGUCGCCCGAAAACUAGAAGAUGUUCGGAAGACGAGCACGAUGCCCAGGAGCGUUACAGGAUGACACCCACAACGACAAGGACCCCUCCUCCAAGUAUGACCGAUCCGGGCAGUACUAGCAGCGAUGAGGGAGACGACAGGUUGCGAUUGGUCAAGGCGAAGCUAACCGCCAUCAGUGAGCAGGCUACUGAGGUUACAGAGAGUGAGAGUGAAAAAAUAAAGACAACUUGUGCAACAACUUGCGAAGCAGCUUGCAACACAUUAGCAGUAGAAACGAUAACCUCGGCAACCAAUACCGAACCACCUCGCACGAUGCACAGUAUAGAGUUACAAUGUAGUCCUUGCGGAAUGUCAAAAGGGACACAGUCCUACACACCAGCGCUAGAAAAGUCCCUACAGACGGAAGAAAAAAAGAAUGCGGUCUUGACUUGUCACACUGCCGAGAAUGCUGCCAUACCGCCUAAAUGCUGUAACCAGGCCAAAUUAAUAAUCCAGCAUUUGCCUCCAGUAGAAGUCCGAUCGCAUAAUCGCCAUACGCAAAGUCUGCUGCAUUAUUCCAUAGAAAACAAUGAGACAAAACUUUUAUUCAAAAGCGAUACAUGCAAUGUUGGAUUUCAGAUGGCAAAGUCGGCAGACUUAACAGAUCAAAAGUGUCAUGAGACUGAAAAUCUCAAAAAUAAAAAUGACCAAAGGUUCGUAUUUCCGGAGAAUGAAAAUGAUGAGAAGUUGCUGAAAAUUAUGGAAAAAGGAAGUAGAGUUUGUUCGUCGUCAGAAAAUAUGAUUGAAAUGAAGACCCCGCGCUUAGCAAGAAGAAUUUUGGAAUUGGAAAAUCCGGGUGAAAGCACUAACACAAUUGACAGAGAGCUAGCAGAGGCUAUCGAGACAGAAGGCGAUCAUGGACCGCCAGCAAUAAUUGCAGAUUUAAAUUUGCAACUGGGAGUGGCUGAAACAAAACGAAGUAUUUCGGAAGUUAUAGAAAGUAGUGAAGAAUGCUUAUUUACGAACACACUUCCAGAGAAAUCAAGUGUGACGGAAGACACAUCAAAGUUCCCUUCACAAUUAGCUGGAGUUCAUUGUCCAGAGCGUGAGAGGGUCCUCAAGUCGUAUCACGUUUACGACAACCCCAACGACCACGAUCCUGGCUUUUUGAACGAGCGAUCGUUGGAAUUAGUCAGCAAAGUCGAUGAUAAAGUAUACAGAACGUACAUAAACCCGAAAGGGUUCCAAAAGCCACCUCACUACGAGACGUCCAAUCCCCUGGUCAGCAGCGACAGUGUGAAGAGGUUUGGACUGUCGAAGGUGUCUUCACUUAGACUCAAGUCGGCAUUGUCAACCGAUAAUACGAAGGACACUGCACUUCGGGACGGCCUACCUAAAAUAUGGAGUUUGGGCUUUUACGUAAAUAAGUCCACUCAAGUUAGUCCAUCCGUGAACCAAAACACGUCAAAGUUACAAUCUAGAGAAAAUGAAGAAAACACCGCUGACGGAGAAGAAAAAGCAAUACAGGUAAUCAAUUUUACCCAAAGUGACUCCCGUUUUCAACUGACAAACACUGAGGACGAUUAUCCCACGCCACAAUUGCCUGCGGAGAGAGAUGGAGAUCCCUUCUAUAAGCCCAUUGAUUGUGAGGGACUUUGCAGCCAAAUGGCCGCUGACCUUAGGACAGCAAUCACUUAUAUUCAGCAACCUAAAGAAGAAGUACAACUGAGAAGUGAGGUCGGAAAGAAGCCCAUUGAAGAUACACCGGAAGAAAUAGAGAAUGCGAAGUGUAGCUCUUGUCUAACAAUAAGCAAAGUAAGUGUACCAACCAGACACAGUACAAUAGGUGAAACAGCCGAGCUUAAGAGGGAAGCUACAAUAUGUGGUAGAGAAUAUCAAGAAUUAUGCAGCAGAAGUCCCCAACCCACUCCUAGAGUCAAUAAAAAAAGUGUAGACGCAAUUGAGCAAACUAGAGAUGGUAAAAAUGGCGGCGAGGAAACAAAAACAAGUACCAGAAAGGAGGAUGGCUCGCAAGCUACUCUGGUCGAGUACCGUACGUUAAACGGGAGCCAGUUGGAGACCAUCUCCUUGACGGUCAGCUACUCGACAGGCGAGUCCGUGGAAAUGAACCCUCCUUCUCCGGACAUGCAGAGCACCACCAAUAAAAGUGGUACUGCCAUAAUGAGAGAGAAGAGAGACAUAAAAUCCAGGACGCAGUUCAACAAAUCCGUUAACAACAUCACCACGGAGGGGAAGGUAGUGUUACGAGCACUAAAGGAUAAGUUGGACGUUAAACGCACACCAGAAAGUAGAUUAAAUGUCGAUGCAAUCGAUGAGGAGGACAAUGGUCCGGUAGAAUUUAACGAAGAUGUAUCUGGAUUCAUUUCCGGGCUAACUGAAACCUCUGAGGGGGAGCUCAAAAGAGUCUUGCCCAUGAUACGCAGUCGUAAGUCUUUGAGUAGACCACCGAAGCGAUACGAUGUGAACUACGUAUUCGGAGACUUUCAUCAUUCUAAGUUCGCGGAGGUAUUGGCUAAAAAGGCAUCUAAACAAAAAGCGGAUCCGUUGAAGGCGACUGGCAAUGACCGAUUAAAGGAUGAAUGCAAUGAGGGACGAGGUAGGAGCUCAAAACCCAAAACGCUUCCAACUAGACAACCUGCCCCACCUUUCACCUGUGAAAAGCCGGAACCGCAAAUUGUCAGGAGGGUUGCCAAGCAUCCUGGGCAUCACAAGCAUAAGAACAGGAGGAACUUCAAACUGGAGACGACUUCUAAUAGUGAGACCAUUACUACGGAGAGGUCAAAGUCCGAAGGUGAGUUAACCUCCUGCUCGUGCGUGGUGAGCAACGGAGAGCUGCAUAGCUGUCGGUACGACCAGUUCCACCGUAUGAACCCACCGAUCUUCAACGAUACCGAUGAGUUGGUGACCACCAUCAGGAAGAAGAGAAGCUAUUUCAACAACUGUGUGACGUACUAUUUGAAGCGCACCCCUAUUCCUGGACCUCCGUAUAGUUCGAAUAGGAAUGUUCAUCAGGAACUCAACGAUGCCAGCAUCUCAUCCAACACAACGACUUAACAAUCACUGUCUCAGCGAUAUCAUAACGUACCCCAGCAACUUUCAUCAAUACCUUCCCUCUAGCGUUAGCUCGUUGUCAACAGGACAAUAUCAACAGUGGCCAAUUUGCCAUUUUAUGUCAUGUUAUUGAAAUUGUAAAU